CUUUCAGCCGCCGCGGGAAGUGUCGCCUGGCCUCUGGGCGACCGCCACCAAAAGCCCGCCACACCCCCUCCGUUCCCCACCCCCCCCUGUGUCUGCUCCUUUUUUUCCCUCCCUUAUUGCAAGAUGUUCCAGCUGGACUUCCCCGAUGCCGAGGCUCACAAUGAGUUCCUCCAGCUCAAGGCUCAGCUCACCAAUGAGCGCCGCAAGGUCCAGAGCACCAUGGGCAUGCUGACUUCCCUGUCCCAGUCGUCCCAGCGUGACCAGCUGACCCUGAACCACCUGAAGGCCGUUGCCGAGGCCCAGGGCUCCGACACCCGCACCUUCCGUGUUGUUGGCCGCAUGUACAUCGAGACUGACAUGCCCACCAUGCAGAAGAGCCUGGAGGAGGCGAUCGAGAAGUCCAAGCAUGAGGUUGAGCGCCUCAAGGAGACCAAGGCCUCCCAGGAGCAGAGCGCCGUCGAGCUGGAGAAGCUCCUUCACCAGGCCAUCGAAAAGUACAAGGUCGACGAGGGCGAGGACAUGUCCGGAGCCACCAAGACCUUCUAAAGCCCAUCUUUCCCCCUUGCUUCGUCUCUCCCCCCCCCCCCCCUUGUGAUCUCCUUCCUCUCUUUGUGGCUCCCUUCAUUCAUGGGAGCUUCCCACUCGCCACACACGUACAUGCCCACGCCUGUACAUGCCGACAAACCACGACACCAAGAAAUACACUGCCAUAUUUGGAAGAUAGACA